AUGGAACAGUGGCAGUGGGCAUAUCUGAAUCGUCCGGAUUUGUCCCGAUUUCCCGAGGAUACAGGUUCAACCCAGGAGAAGCCCGAGUCGGACGACAUGGUCCCUUUUGCGAUGUCUCAUCUCGAGUGGUUCUCCCUGGUCUCGGCUCUGCAUACAUGCUUCUGCCGGUACGUCAGUCCUCCGGUCUCUGGCUCUUUCCUCCCCGUCUCCGAGGCCGUGCGACACUUCCUCGAUCAACCGCCAAGGUCCGAUAGAGCAAGGCCCAGAAUCCAGAAGACCAGCAAAACGCAAGACCAAGAGACAAAGAUCAUGUUGAGACGGCCUCCGACAAACCUCGCGCUGAGCGAAGACGAUAUUAACUCCCACCUACAGCGCAUCCUUCACCGGACGAUUCUCCCGGUAAACAUGGAGCAGCUCAGCCUAGAGGAUCCGAACCAGUGUUACGACGCUCGCCACGGUCCCUCGUCUGAUGACUACACCCCAGCGGUCGACAAAUCUGCUGGCUUCGGUCAUCGCACGCAUGGUUCGAUCGGGGGUUCAUCGUGCAUGGGUCACUUCUCGUCUACUUCAACUCCAACGCAGCCGGCCCUCCCUGCUUCGAAGAACGGUUCGACCCACCGAACUACCAUUGAGCCACACAAGGCUCCCACAACCACCGAACUGAUAUCAUCUAUUCUCCCGCAGCAUCGAGCCGCUCGGCCUCGCGAGCCCUCGCGUCCCAGAACCAAACUGACCAUUCCUCCACAAGAGUUUCUCAAUCGCCGCAUCCUUCCAUCCCCCGAUGGCAGAAAAGGUCUGCCUGUCCCUCUCAAAGAAGCGCCAUUUCGCGCGAAGGGGGCGCGCGACUAA